AUGGAGUCCGUGCCACCGCUGAACGUGUCGUCCCCGAGGCCGUUCGAUCAGUCUGAAGAGGGUCAAUCCAACGGAUGGGGUUGGGUGGCGUCGCCAUCUGUUGCGGCGUCUAACCUCCUCAAUCUGCACUCUCCAGAUGACUGUCUCGCGCUCGUUUUCACCCACCUCACCUCGCCUCGGGAUUGGCUCGCAGCGGCGUGCGCGUGUCACCGCUGGCGUUACGCGGCCAAUGACGGCAUCCGUACGCUCUCGCUCUCCGAAUCAGCCAUUCACAGCCUACCAGGUGGCCUCGCCUGCGGCCUCCACAGAUUCCGCCAGCUGGCGUCGCUCGAGGUCCCCGCGCCCUGCCUCUCCCCCGGGAUCGCCUCCACGCUUGCCACGUGUCCGCAUCUGACGGCUCUCCAUCUCGUGCCGCUGCGGCGCGUUCUCGCGCACAAGUUCACUCGGCACGAUGUUUUUCCGCUGCCCGAGGAGCUCGGGCAGGUCACGCAGCUGCAGUACCUGAGGGUUAUGAGCGAGAUGGUGGCUGAAAUUCCGGAUUCCGUUUGCCACCUGCCCGUCCUCCGUACGCUGCAUCUGGACUCGUGCCUGAAGCUGAAAGCGCUGCCCGCAGAAAUCGGGCAGCUUGCUGACCUGGAGGAGCUGAAGAUCACUGAGUGCCGGGCUAUUUCGGAGCUGCCCGAGUCUCUGGGCAGUCUGCCGCGGCUCCGGACGCUGAUCCUCAACCAAUGUACAAGCCUUGCGAAGCUGCCCGAAUCCCUCUCUUUGCUGGCUUCGCUGGAAACUUUUGAGGUCGCUGCAUGCAUCAAGCUGAACCAGCUGCCCAAAGGGUUUUCCCAGCUGCCCAACCUCCUGGUGCUCCGCCUGACCGGGUUCGAAACUCUUCAACCAAUCCCAGAAAUUGCAAUCAAGUUUCACGACCUGCGAGUGCUCCACAUGGGGUGGGCGGCAGCAGAAAUCCCCUUUUCCUGGUCCCUCUUCCAUGAUCUUCAAGAUCUUUCACUAGCCUGCCCGCUGACCGAACUCGACGAUCUCAGCCUGCUGCCCUUGUCCCGGCUCACCUCGCUCGAAAUCACGCACUCCCGCUACCUCACCACCCUCCCCUCCUCCAUCUGCUCCCUCUCCUCGCUCACUCUCCUCCGCCUUAACGUUUGCUCCAAGCUCGCUACUCUCCCAACCAACAUCGGCUCGCUAGCUCGCCUCCGAUCUCUUGAGCUAAAAAAAUGUCUGUCGCUCUCGGCUCUCCCGGAUAGCUUGGCGAAUCUGCUCUGCUUGGAUUCCAUCAUUAUCAAGGACUGCCAUUCGUUGAAGUGCCUCCCCAAGGAUUUCGGGCAGCUGGGGAAUCUGCGGUCCAUGCAGCUGGUAAAUUGCCCAGUGUUGCAGGACCUGCCUGCGUCUUUCGGGCAGCUCUCGUCGCUUCAGGCACUGGAGAUCUGGAACUGCAAGGCGCUGGUUGGUCUGCCCGACACUUUCGGGCAGCUGGAAAAGCUGAAGAAGCUUCGCAUGAUUGGCUGUAGCUUGGUCCUUGCUCUGCCGGAGAGCUUCGGGCAGCUGAAAUCUCUCGAGUUCCUGGAGCUGUUAGACCUUAUGCGGAUAGAAACCCUUCCCAGCACAUUUGGAAAUCUUUCCACUCUGCAAUCACUGACCCUUCGCCUGCCCGGGAUCUCACAGCUGCCUCCUUCCUUUGGGCAGCUUGCGUCGCUCCAUUGGCUUGUGCUGCUCAGCAUGCCGAACCUCUCCAACCUGCCCGAAACCUUGGGAACCCUGUCAGCACUCAAGCAGCUGGAGUGUGUGUCCUGCACAUCUCUCCGCCAGGUGCCCGAGUCUCUCGGGCAGCUAAAGAAUCUUUCGGACAUGGACUUUCAGUGGAUUCCUGUUCCAAGCCUCCCUGCUUCGCUCGGCUCAAUGUCUCGACUUCAGUCUCUGCUGCUCACUGGGCUGACCAACCUGCGUGCUCUGCCCGCAUCCAUCGGGCAGCUGAAAAACCUCAAGAAGCUGAAGCUGAUGAGCCUGUCGCAGCUCUCGAUUCUGCCUGACUCAUUUGGCGAGCUGACCAGCCUGCGAAUCCUCGUCAUAUCCCACGUCCCUCUCACCGCCCUCCCUGCAGACUUCACCUUCCCCUCCCUCCUCUCCCUCACCAUCUCCCACACCAAACUCUCCACCCUCCCGCCGUCCUUCUCCUCCCUCACAUCCCUCCGCAUGCUCCACAUUGCACACUGCCCCACACUCCGCGCCCUCCCUUGGGAUCUUGGCAACCUCUCCUCGCUCCACACCCUCCGCCUCCUCUCUCUCCCCCUCCGCUCGCUUCCUGAUUCCACUGGGUCUCUAGCCAAGCUUCAAGAGCUGGAGUUGCAAGACCUUCCAAUCUGCUCAGUGGAUUUCCUUGGCAAGAUGAAGCGCGUGCGGAAGGUGAGCAUCGCGUUGGAGGAGAUUGAGAUACCGUACGAUGCGCACACCAUCAACGUGAGCAUAGCAUUGGAGGAGAUGGAGAUUCCGUACGAUGCGCACACAGUCAACAUCUUGAAAGACGAGCAGUUCACGCCGGAGUUUAUCGCCAUCAAUCCCAACAGCAAGAUUCCCGCCAUCGUGGAUCCCAAGGGAGCGCCUGACGGCACCCCGUUGAAGGUAUUUGAGAGCGGGGCCAUCCUGCUGUAUCUGGCGGAGAAGUCGGGCAAGUUUCUGCCGCAGGAUGCCGUGCAGCGAUGGGAGACCCUGUCCUGGCUCUUCUUCCAAAUGGGCGGCGUCGGUCCCAUGUUCGGCCAGUUCGGCCAUUUCUUCAAGUACGCGCGCGACAAGUGCGACCACCCGUACCCCACCGAGCGCUACACCAACGAGGCGCGGCGGCUGCUGGGGGUGCUGGAGAAGCGGCUGGAAGGGAGGGAUUUCCUCAUCGAUGCUGGCUACACCAUCGCUGACAUGGCCACGUUCCCCUGGGUCAUCUGCCUCAAGAAAUAUUAUAACGGCGAGGAGCAGCUAAGACUGGAGGAGUUUCCAAGGGUGCACGCAUGGACUGAGAGGUGCCUAGCUAGGCCUCUCACUGCCAAGGGAAUGGAUGUUUGCCCUUUCAAUUGA